AUGUCACUCAUCCUUUCGAUUAUCUUCAUGCUUAUGGGAGAUAGGGCCCUUGAUGUUCUUCACGUCGCUCUGAGCACGCAGUUGUUAUAUUUCUUUCUCAUUAGAUUUGGGAGCUUCGAUGCACUGUACCUUGAUUUUACUCCUUGGAGCUUCCAGCUACAAAUAACCAUCAGCGUAUUCGUUUCUGUCGGUGUUCAAUUUCUAUAUACACUACGACUAUGGAAAUUUGGGCGUCAUUUUCACAGAUUUGUCCCAUGGUUUACCUUUAUGGCUGUGGCUGCCUCACUUGGUGCUGGAAUCUUUUUUAUAUAUGACACAUACAAUGCACCGGCAGGAGUUUGGAUGGAUGAUUUGGUCAAGAAGAGAUCAACUUGCACGUUCUUCGCCACACUUGCCCUAUCGGAUUUUGUUAUCGCUAUCUGCAUGUGCUAUUACCUAUACCAGAGCAAAGCAGCUACUGGUUUUUCUACCACGGCUAGUAUGCUUCUUGGUCUAAUGCGCCUCAUUCUUGUAUCAGGAAUAGCUACUAGUCUAUGCUCGUUGCUGGUUCUGAUUACGUAUACUGCUUCACCGUAUUCUCUGUUCUACCUGGCAGUAGAUUUCAUCCUACCAAAACUCUACAUUAACUCGUUCCUCGCUAUGCUCAACCGCCGGCAAGAACAUCAAGCGAACAAGUCACCCUCACAGUACGAAGGUCACUUAAACCCUCCUGUUGUCCACAUUUCCCGAACCACAGAAAGUAGUAUUGAGGGAACGAAUAUCAACAUCCCACUCGAGGAGAUACAACACAGCCAUUCGUCUGAUGAACUGGAUCGACCAAAGAGAACUCUUACUUGCGAAGUUUAACGGUAACGAUGUACGCUCAUAAGGUUACAAUUUAUACCUCAAUCAUACAUGUUUUGAGAGUGUAGAAUAGCCAAGUGGCGACUUCGUGUGUAACGGUCUCAAACGAUCCCACAAAUUUACUAGAUCCUUAAAUUAGAGCCCACGUUUUGAACUACCCGCAUCUCUCCCUCAGUGAACUACGAUACUAUAAUAAAUCAUGAAAGUAACGUACCUGAAACGGCACCUCUGUACGUC